UUUUUCUUUUUUUGGGAAUUUUUUUUUACAGUGUAGUUUUGGUUGGAUUUUUUUUAUCAGUGUAGAAAGUGACAGUGAGACGGUGACUUGCGUGAUCGGGCUGUUUUGCUGGACAUUCUCAAGGAGACAACAGGCACUUUUCCAGCCGUCCCAGGCACUGUCAUUCACCACAUCCGUCGCACUAACACAGCACAAUUAGUUAGUAGUUGGUACAACCUCAUACCUAGAUAAAAGCUCAUCGCAAAAGCCACACAAAAUGUUGAUAAAGUUAAUCCGCUCAAUCGCGGUAAACGCCUCAGGGAAGAAUAAUCUUCUGUUUGCCAGCAUUUCAACGGAACAACUCAUCCGGAGAGCAUCCACCAUGAAUUCACGGAUUACCUUCACGGAGGAUUUUCUCUUUCGUCAGCUCUUUGAUCAUCAAAGCAGCACGUACACGUACAUGCUGGCGGAUCUUGACUCAAAGGAAGCCAUCCUAAUUGAUCCGGUGUUGGAGCAGGUCAAGAGAGAUUCAAAGCUACUCCGAGAGCUGGGCUUGACACUCAAGUACGCCCUCAAUACCCACAUGCAUGCAGACCACAUUACGGGGACGGGCUACCUGAAGAAGCUCCUGCCUGAGUGCAAGAGUGUCAUCUCCCGUGCAAGUGGAGCAAAGGCCGAUGAAUACCUCGAGAAUGGGGACAUUGUGAAAUUUGGGAGGCAUUCAAUUGAGGCUGUCUCCACACCUGGACACACCAAUGGAUGCAUGACGUUCAUCAUUAAAGAACAGGGAAUCGCUUUCACGGGGGACACACUCCUGAUAAGAGGCUGCGGUCGGACGGAUUUUCAAGAAGGCAACCCACGGACGCUCUAUAAUUCUGUGCAUGAGAAUAUUUUCACCCUCCCAGAGAAUUUCCGCCUUUUCCCAGCUCACGACUACAGGGGGAAUAUGGAGACAACGGUGUUUGAGGAACGACACUACAAUCCACGCCUUACAAAGGAUAUCGAUACGUUUGUCAACAUCAUGGAGAACCUCAAUCUCCCCUAUCCUAAAAUGAUUGACAAAGCUGUACCUGCCAACAAGCAAUGUGGCCUCUAUGACAUUCCAACGGAUGAGUAAAGGACGUCAACACCACCCCCUCAUCCGCCUCACCGCAGAUAAAGGUACAAAAAUGGUGCUUGAAAAUGAAAAAAAAAAACUUUUUAAUUGAA